AUGCACUCUCAAACUCUCGCCGUGCUUCUCUCCGCCGGCCUUGUGGCUGGGCAGACGAACACUGAAUUGCAGACAAACUUUCCCACCGCCGCUAGUUCAACUGGUCUGUUUGCGGCUCGUACCAUCGCCGCCGGUGAGACCUUUGAUGGCGAGAUGAUUCAGUGGGACCGCAGCCCGUCCACGUGCAGCGACCAGUCUGAGGGUGGUGACAAGGACGCAGUCUUCAUUCUCGAGGAUGGUGCCACAUUGAGCAACGUGGUUAUUGGGCCUGACAACGGCGAGGGCAUUCACUGCAAGGGCCAAUGCACCCUGAACAACGUCUGGUGGUCCAAGGUCUGCGAAGACGCUGCGACCUUCCUCCAGGACUCCGGCACCUCUUACGUCAACGGCGGUGGUGCCCGUGGUGCGUCGGACAAGGUGCUUCAGCACAACGGCGGCGGCACGGUCGCCGUCAAGAACUUCUUCGCCAGCGACAUCGGCAAGCUCUACCGGUCCUGCGGAAACUGCGACACGCAGAACGAGCGUCACUCUACCUUUACCAACAUCAAGGUCGCCGAUGGGUCGUCGGUUGUCGCGGGUAUCAAUGUCAACUUCGGCGAUACUACGAGCAUCACGGACUCGUGCAUCCUCGACGGUGCCGACUGCUGGUUGUACACUGGCAACGACAGCGGGGACGAGCCCGAGAAGGUUGGCAGUGGGCCUGAUGGCUCUACUUGUGUCGUCUCUGGGGUCAAGACGGAGGGCUGUUAA